CGCGCUUUCCAUGAUUAGAGUCGCGUCUUGGAAAAGUUACAACCCCGGAAACUCAAUUGAGGAAAGCAAAAAGUAUCAGCAAAAGUAUCCAAGUACAACUUCUGCAUUCUCAACUUCGUUUAUGUAGCGAUACUCAUCUUAAGUCCCGCAAACCACCACGAUGCUCAGGGCAGACUUCAAUCGAGUAGACCCCAAGAGACGCCAAGUUCUCGACCAUCGAAAAAGACAAUUCGCCGAUCCGACCUACAAGCAGGCGGAAUACGCCCAUCGUCUAAAUUUCUACGAGACUCCCCCGACGGCGGACAUCACCCUCGAACAAUUCGAACAAUGGGCUAUCGACAGACUGAGGGUCCUUGCCGAGCUAGAAGCAUGCUCGUUUCGAAACAAGACGCAAGCUGAGACAGCGGCACAUAUGAAGCCGCUCCUCGAGAAGUAUCUUCCGCUCGACUCCAAUACGGCCGCCUCGACCCAGCUUCCCGCUCAGAGACAGAAAGAUCACUACAGCCACUUCAUACUCCGACUCGCCUUCGCGUCGACCGAAGACCUACGACGGAGGUUCAGUCGGGUAGAGACCAUGCUCUUCCGCCUACGGUUAGACGACGGUCUUACGCGCGAGCGAAAUGCUUUCAUCCAAAGUCUGAACUUGGACUGGGAAGCUGUCACGAAGGAAGAGCAGGACAAAUACUUCGCCGAACUAAGCGCGACAAGUGGACUAAGAAAAGGAGAGGAAGACACCUGGUACAAAGUCGAUUGGGAACGCGUACCAGAUCUAGUCGAGGCAAGGAAAGUGUUCCUGAAAGCUGGGAAGGCUUACGUACCUUCAAAAGAGCUACCCAGCAUGGUGAUCGCCGAGUUCACGAAAAGGCUUGAUCGGGCGUUAGAACUUACGGCCCGCGCGCUGCCACGACUUGACGAAGACGACCGACUUACACCUAUUCUCGACCACCUAUCGAAGAACUUCGUCACUCCCGACGCUUCGUACAGCAGCUCCACUUCUAGCGUCCCUGGCGCCGAGAUCACGGCGCGCAAUGUCGAUAACCUAUCUCAACACUUCCCGUUGUGCAUGCAGCAUCUGCAUAGAUCAUUACGUCGGGACGCCCACUUAAAACACUUCGGACGUCUGCAAUACACCCUCUUCCUGAAGGGUAUCGGCUUAAACCUGGAAGAAUGUCUAAUCUUCUGGAGAAGCUCCUUCCACAAAAUCACGGAUGAUACGUUCAACAAAGAAUACAGGUACAACGUACGACACGCAUACGGCGAUGUUGGUGGAGACUCGAACCGUCGUGGAGGCGGUUACUCGCCAUUCUCAUGCCAGAAGAUCCUGACGGAACACCCGCCCGGCCCGGGUGAAGCUCACGGGUGCCCAUACCGACACUUCAGCUUGGAGAACUUGACUACGUUGCUGCAACAAACGGGCGUAUCGGAUCGUUCGGUCCUACAAGGUGUUAAGGAAGACAAGGAUAAUCAGAAAUUUCAUAUGGCCUGUAACCGUGUGUUUGAAUACGUCCACAAAAAUGAGCUCCGGAAAGCCAAGGAUGAAAGUAUCAUGUCGUCGCAACAGCUCGAGACGAUCGUUCACCCCAACGAGUACUUCAGAAGGAGCUUCCUUCUGAAAAAUCUCGGGAAGGUCAAAGAAGACCAAGAUGUGAAGAUGGAGGGCUUCUAACGAAGUUUUUAAUUAAAUUAUGUUAAUAUCUCAUGAUAAAUGGGAGUCUUGCAGGGCGUGCGUGGGAUCGUACGCGCUGGAGACAUGCAUGGCGGGCGAAGGAUCCGAACCGGCGUUGUGGUGUUCACCAAUGAUUCAGAUGGCAUAACGUUGAAUUUCAAGUUAUUUUUUCACCGCAUCGGUUACACCGCACAAGCUGGAAUGUGUGGCUUACAGUAUUAAAUAAAGAUAGGUGAUAAGUAAGCUGUUGGUGACGACUUUCUGACGAAGCUCGCUACAUAAGCACGUCGCACAACAGUUAAUACAGCAGUUAAUAGACGCCCUAUCCAGCACGUACGACA